AUGUAUAAAACUGUAAUUCAUAAUUUUAAUUCUCAAUCAAAUGAUAUUAUUUUAAAUAAGAAUUAUAAUAAUAUACCACUUCAACUUAUUGAAGCUAUAGUUGAUGCAUUAAGAAGUAAAGAAUGUUCAUCAGAAAUUAUUAAUGAUUUAGAUUAUUUUUUAGAAGCAUUGGAUAAAUAUUUAAAAAUAGCAAAUCUAAAUAAUGAAGAUAUUGAUAUAAAUAUAGCUAGAAUUUUACUUUAUAAAUUA